UAUAGCAUUGACCCUUGUUUAGUCGAGUGCGCGCCACGAUAGCUCUCCCGCUCCGCUCCUCAGUCGGUUUAGUAAUGUGUGCGUUCGCGAAGUUCGUGCUUCUCGCGCUUGUGGCUCACGCCCACGGGCUCGUAACCGUCAACAUGGAGCGCUCGCCGCCACCCCUCGUCGUCAACACCUGGCCCUUUCUCAACGCUACCAUUCAGGCGUGGAGAAGCGUCUUUGUUGAAAAAAGAAACGCGAUUGAUUCAGUUGUGCGGGGUUGCAGUACGUGCGAAGAGGAGCAAUGCGACGGGACUGUGGGUUACGGGGGAAGCCCCGACGAGAAUGGGGAGACAACCCUCGAUGCCAUGAUUAUGGAUGGAGCAACGAUGAACGUGGGAGCAGUGGGCGCGUUGCGUCGCGUGAAAGAUGCAAUUGCAGUUGCCAAAUCCGUUUUAGAACACACAACGCACACAUUACUGGUCGGGGACCAAGCAACGGAUUUUGCAGAAAAAAUGGGCUUCCGGACAGAAAAUUUGACGACUGAGAACUCUGUCAUCAUUUUCAACAAUUGGAUCAGGAGGAACUGUCAACCAAAUAACUGGGUGGACGUUUCUCCCAACCCACGGCAAGUGUGUGGACCUUACUCUCCAAGCAAUCAAAGUGCAAAAGUGCUAGACGAAUCUCCCAAUGAAAUAGACAAGGGCCACGACACCAUCGGAAUGAUUGUCAUUGACUUUGAAGGUGACAUUGCUGCUGGCACGUCAACGAAUGGAUUGAGGCACAAAAUACCUGGACGAGUUGGAGAUUCGCCAGUGCCAGGAUCAGGAGCAUACGCGGACAACAAAGUUGGCGCCGCUUGUGCUACCGGAGAUGGGGACAUUUUUAUGCGCUUUUUGCCCAGCUUUUUAGCAGUUGAAGAAAUGCGUAGGGGAGCAAGCCCAAAACAGGCAGCUGAAGUCGCAAUAGGAAGGAUUACCGAGCACUACCCUGACACUAUGGGUGCGGUAAUUGCCGCUAACAAGUUUGGCGAUUACGGCGCUGCGUGCAGCGGAAUGAAGAAUUUCACGUAUUGCGUGGCUAACUCCGACAUUGGUGGGCCUAAUCUUGUCACUAUUGACUGCAUGGCGCGCGUGACGCCAACCAGGCUGAUAAAUAAUUGAACAGGAAUAAUCAAGAGUACUCACCGAUUCCAAAUCUUCCCGAGCUCCUUCUUUUAAGCACUGGUGCCGAGAACUGUCGGCUGUACACCUUUUCUUUGUCAAUCACACUACUGCUACCUGUAAAAAUAAGAUUUUAAUUUAAUUCAAAGACAAUUUAAAAGCUAUAAAAAUGCUGAGCAAAUAUUUCAUGCGCGCAAGUAUUGUAAAAAUUGAAUAUCCAAUAAAGUUAUAAGAAUAUAAUUUAAAAUUUAUAAA